ACACACACACACACACACACACACACACGAGCACACACACACACACACACACUGAGGAAUGCAGGGAGCGGGAAACAGCAGCACACAGCCUUGUAAAGGAACGGAGGUGAGGAGAUACUGUUGAGGGCGGGGCCAGACUGCUCAGAGGGGCGGAGACAUUGGAGGUGUUUAAAUAGAGCUGGGGUCGAGGCAGGGAGGCAAAAGCCGAACGCACCUGCUGCCUCUGUAUAACAAGAACUGCCUGACCACACCACAACUGGGACUCUCUCUCUCUCUCUCUCUCUCUCUCUCUCCGCUCUCUCGCUCUCUCACUGGGAUCCACUGGUGUCUGUCGCUAAUACAAACCCUGAGGAUUAAAACCUAAAUAAGGCCAUUCGGGACAACUUGUGCAAAGUGUACUUUAGUAAAAGAGCGGAUAACGAAGAUGACCCGAGUGAUGACUUCGUCUGUGUGCAGGGAUGUGCUGGCCCUGGUGCUGUUCUUCGUCCUCAUGCAAGACGGUCUCGGACUCCCCUUAUCAGAGCCUUCGGAGUCACCGACCCAGAGCGCGCCCCCGCCGCCCCACCGCGUCAGGACAAAGCGCUGCUCGUGCAACAGUUGGCUGGACAAAGAGUGCAUCUACUUCUGCCACCUGGACAUUAUCUGGAUCAACACCCCGAGUAAAAUGGUCCCGUACGGCCUUGGCAGUCACCUGUCCCGCCGCCGCCGUCGCUCGGCCUCACGCUGUGAGUGUGCCCAAGGACGGGCCGACACGACCUGCUCCAGCUUCUGCCACCACAGCUCAGAGAAGCCGCAGGCUGUCAAGGCACCAACGAAAACCAACAAGAACAGCAGCAAAGGCUCACUGCUGUCUUCGUUAAGAUCUGUAGUCCACCACAACGCUGCCAUUGCCCAGAAGUCCAGGCCUGUGGGCAGAGGCCCGUCGAAGGCCAAACACUGGGGAGCAUGAUGGACAGCUAGAGAAGCACCCUCGGGAAGGAAAAGACAGAGCAAGCGCACUUUAUAUCACUGACACUUAAAAGCCUUUUGUUUUAAAACUGAAACACUUAUGGACCUAAAGAAUACUCCAGUCACCGGACCAACCUUGGCACCACACUGAUGCAGCCUUUUGAGCCUGCAGCCGUCUAGAAUCAUGUGUGUUGCCAUCUUGGAAGUUACUUUAGUGCAGAGCGAAGAAGAGACUGACGGAGACGGGAAGAGAGGCCAAAGGUCCAUCGAGUAUCUCAUCCAAAGGACUUGAGACCACUCCUCACUCCACGUUGGAGAUCUGGUUGGAGGCAUCCGUUACCACGGAGACCUAGAGCGCGCCAUAUGCUGCUGUGGUGGGGUGGACUUUUAUGGAGUUAUUGCUGUCAUAACCAGCAUUGUUUGCUGGGUCGCCUUUUGUUAUUUUUCUUUUUAUCCCUCUGUAUCAGAGCGGAUCCCAUAGUCCUGCUCUCAAGCAGUAGUUAAAUAAUAACUGCAAUAAUAACUAACGAGCAUAAAGACUGACUCAUCAUCAGGAAAUAACAUUUAGGAUUCACACACACACACACACACACACACACACACACACACACACACACACACACACACACACACACACACACACACAUCUUAAAAACACGUAUCACACAAAGACAUACAAAACAAGACAAACAGCGUUGGUAUGUCUAUUGUGUUGGCUGAACUAUUUAAUGUGUGGCUCUUGUUUUGAUUGAAGAUAAGCCAGCAGGUUUCAAUAGCAUGGAGCUUGCCAAAAAUGCACCAAUUGUUGGUCUCCAUAACACAAUAUUCAGCUAAUGCCCGUUAAUUAACCCAUGGAAAUUGUGCCCCCCCCCCCCCCCCCUUUCAAUAUUUCAAAAACAAUUUCACAUUGUGCCUGGAAAUGGGGUGUAUUGUUGUCUCACUGCCUCUGUGUUUUUCUUCUAACAUUGAAGAACUGACACAGAUAGUCAUAUCAAAAUGCUGUAUUAUGUGAUUAUUAUGUCUAUGAUGAGCGCUGGGCUAUGAAUUUGUCUUGGCUCCAACAAUAUUGCCCCUUUUAUGGGGUUUCCUAGACCAAAGCAACCUUGAAAGUCUACCCGCAAAUGGAAUUGACUGCCAUUACUGUACUUAUCUUGUUUAUAAUUUAUUUAUUCUAACUUAUUCAAAACUGUAUGUUUAUAUAUGUAUUUAUAAAUAUGUGUAUGUUUGAU